CCCAAGGUCAGGGUCCUGGUCAAGUUCAGGGUACCAUGCUCCAGCCAAUGCCGAGGGCAGGUAAUGCAGGUGCCAUUCUCGGCUUUCUGAACGAUGGAAGACGAUGAAUGUGAAAGCGGAGCAAGACCGUAUUGCGUAAUCAACGCGCAUGAUGUCAAGCUGAGAAACCUUCCCACGCGUAUGCAGCCUGUGUCAUCGUCGCGCCUGUCGUGCAUUUGUCUAUACGAUCAUGUGCAUCCCAUCUGUCCAGACAAAGCAUCGUGCUCUCGGCGGCUACUUCGGGCCGCUUUUAACAGAUCCAUUGUAUAUCCGAAUAUCCGGACCCCACUUGGCACAUGUCGAGGUGCCUAUAGCAGCUCUCCAACCACUCGCGGAUUGCUCUUCACUCUCGCAUCGAUGGGAGCUUGUCUAUCGCGUGCCAGUACCGAGUCUGACGCUGCGUCCUCCAACACAUACUGGUCAUCCACCGCCAUCCAGCCAAAACUUUCCCAGGUAUCUGUACCCAACAUGACGAGCACGCCUAGCACCGAAACCAGCUCGAAGGGCACUGGGGCCAUACUCAGCCAAUCGGUCGCUGUGAAGAUUGUCGAAGUGGCGAACAAAGUACACUACUCCCGGUGGCCCGAAUACGUACCACUGUUCAAAAUAUGAGACCUCAUGGACGGAGGGUUUCUUCCCCGGAAUGCUGUGGUGCCUAGUCGAGCGAUAUCGCUUGAAUCGGGACUUGAUUCCUGCUUCUUACACUGAGGAGGAGCUCAUCCGCCUGGCAAGAAGGUAUCAGAAAGAUUUUGAAUACCGGAAAUCUCCAGCGACAAACCAUGAUCAAGGAUUCAGGUUCCAACUGUCAUAUG